AUGAAUCAAGAAGUUGUCAAUUUAUUAAAAGAAAAGAACAAGUAUUCAUAUUUAAUUGAACUAUUAAAAUUGGGUGAUAUAGAUGAAAAAUUAAUUAACACUGUUGAAUUAUUCACAGUUGGAAAUUAUCAACACUAUUUGAAAUAUCAACAAGAUUAUAUUGAAUUAGACACCGAACUAAUUGAAAAACUAAUUAAGUUGACUAUUAUUUCAAUUUGUAACGAUCAUGAAAACUCACAAUUAAACUUAUCAUCUCCAGAAUUUAAAAGUUAUGGAUUACCUGAAGAGUUGGACAAAUUUGUCAUAGAUUUGAUUUUUAAUGGAGUGGUCAAUGUCAAAAUCGAUCAAGUUAAUAAUUGUUGGAUAAUCAACGAGUCUUCAAGCAGAGAUGUUUACAAUUCAAGAAUCUACAACUUAAAAGUUUUGAAUGAAGAUGAUAUAAAAACUAGAUCAGUCAAUUAUGCUGUUUUGAAUUUGAAAAAUUGGGUUAAUGAUAGAUUAAUCCCUCUCAAGUUGCAAUUUGAUGAAUAUGAAACAAAGGAUAAAGAUAAUGAAAAAGAUAAAGAUAAUACGAGAAAGAGGAAAACUCCUGAUAAUACGUAA